AUGUCCAACAACAUCGGCGGUAACGACGCCAGCAGCAACAACACCAACAGCGACGACACCAGCCGCAACAACACCGACAGCAACAACAACAGCAACAACGCCAGUAACAACACCUACAGCAGCAACAUCAACAGCGACGACUCCAGCGGUACCGAUAUCAGCGGUAUCAUUAGCACUAGCCGCGCCGACAACAUCAACACCGUCACCACCAUCCUCACCAUCGCCGCCGUCACUACCAUCACCAACGUCAUCACCAUCACCGUCGUCUCCACCAUCACCAUCGUCACCGUCGUCACCACCGUCACCCCCGUCACCAUCACCACCACCAUCCAGCCCAUCUCCAGGUUCAGAUUCCAUCGUCUCACUCGCUCAGGGCAUUUAUAG